AUGAAAUAAGACUUGAAGGCCAAAUAAGAAAAUACUUUUUAAGAGGUUAAGGAGUAUAUACCCUCUUAAAUUGAAAUGUGGAAGUUCUAUAGGAAGUUUAUUAAGAUUGACUGGUAUAUUUUGAUUGGAUUAAACUGUUAAUGGCUUAUUGAGAGUAUUUUACACACUAGGGCACCUUUCCUACUUUUAAAUAUUAAAGAUUAACUCUUACAUAUUGAAGCACAUAAUUAUGAUUCAUUUUUUUUGCUAAUUAUUGAGUUUGUUGCUACUCAUAUAAUAUUGCAGUUUUUUAGUUUUAUUCAAGUCAAAGUAACCAAUCGUACUUCUAAAAUGGUUUAGUAAAAUAUAUAGAAACAAAUAGUUGAUCACCUCUUCUCUCUUGAUAUUCACUAUUUCGAGGAGAAUAAAGCUACUUCUCUUCAUUAAAUAAUUUUAUAAGGAUCAGAAUAAAUUGGUAAAGAAAUUUAAUAUGGUAGAAUAUUCCAAAAAAUAAAUCAAUUUAUAUAUUUUGCUAGCAGAGCUUACUUUAUUUAUGUGUAAAGUGUUUAAAUUUUUAUAUCUCUUGCUGUAGUAGCAUUAAUAUGCAUUUUGUUGUAGCAAUAUUUCACCAAAGAAAAGAAGAAGAUAGAAUAACUCAACAAUAAAAUAUGUGAAUUUGAAUCUUUUGCUUUAGAUGAGAUAUUAAAUAAUAUGAUGCUAAUUAAAACAUAUUGUAAAGAAGAUAAAGAAAAGAAAAAUUUAGAAAAAAUAAUGCAAAAAAACAGAGAUUCUCGUCAGCAAACAUUAAUAUAUCAAUAGAUUAUUAGUAUGAUAUAGAGUUGCAGUCAUGAGAUGAUGAAAAUUGCUGUUAUUUGUCAUGCAUUUUAUUACUAUUUAUAACACACAACAUAAAAUUAAGAAAAUUCAAAUAAUCAAAACAGCUUUUAAUAACAAAUUCUAUCAAGAAAUCUUGGAGAAAUUAUUUCAAAUACUUAUUGUAUUUUAUUUUUAGUCCGUGACUUUAUCUAGAUUAUUAACAGGAGUACUGAUGAUUUUUAUGAAAACAGGAAGAAACAUAUUGGAAAAGUAAUGAACUUAUUUACAGUCAAGUCUUCAAUUAGUUAAGAAGAAAUAUUUAAUAACCAAAAUAAUUAACCAUUAGAAGGUGAAAUAACAUUUGAUAAUGUCUCUUUUUCUUAUCCAGCUAGAGAUAAUAAAUUAACAUAGGAUUAUAAAUUAAUAUAGAGUCAAAGUAUAAUUGAUUAAACAUAAAUAUCUAAUAUAAGUAUUAGAGAAGAAAAAUAAUUAAAUUCUCAAUCUUCCUAGAGUGUUUUAAAUUAAUUAUCCUUUAAAAUAAAUCCUGGAGAAUGUGUAGGAUUUGUAGGUGUUAGUGGAGGCGGAAAAUCAACAAUAGUUAAAUUAAUUGAGAGAUAUUAUGAUACAACUGAAGGAGCUAUUCUGAUUAAUGGAAAAAAUAUAAAAGAUGUGCCAUUAUAAGCUCUUAGAUAAAAUAUUGGAUUAGUUCAUUAAGAACCAUAAUUCUUUGAUAACGAUAUUGAAUACAAUGUUACUUACAGCCUCGAAGGGAGUUAUACGUAAGAAUAACUAAAUAAAGUACUUGAAGUAUCAGGAGUUAAUGAGUUUAUACUUGAUAAAAAUAGAUUCCCUUUAGGACUUAAAACUUUGAUUGGAAAUAAAGGAGUGAAACUAAGUACUGGAUAAAAAUAAAGAAUAGCAAUUGCUAGGGCUUUGAUAAUAGAGCCAAGGAUUUUAAUUUUAGAUGAAGCAACAAGUGCCUUAGAUGCUGAGAGUGAAAGCUCAUUUUAAAAGUAUAUAGAACAAAUAAAAUCAUACUAAAAUAUGACAAUAAUUAUAAUAACUCAUAGGCUAAGCACUGUAUUUAAUUGUGAUAAAAUAUUCGUUUUGUAGAAUGGUACUAUUGUUGAACAAGGUACUCACUAUAAUCUUUUAUAAACUAAUUCUAUCUAUGCUAAUUUAGUAAAGUGUUAAUUAAAAUAAAAUACUCAAAAUUAGAAUCCAAGUUUAGAACACAGAGAUUCUGUAGAAACAAAUGAUUCCCUCUUUUGA